ACGCAGCCGGUUUUCAUGCAGGAAAAAGGUCCUCAGCGCCGGUGGAUGGAGGGGCAACGGUGCAGGAGCAGAAAACGACCUGAUUUAACCUGCCAAACUUUCUCUUUUAGUUUAUAGGUGUUGCCCUUUGUAAGAUGAAAUCAUGAAUAAUCUCAUGAACGGUGUUUGUCUUUGUCACAGCGUGUUCCUCAGAACAACAGCCCGGUUUAUUAUUCCUCACGGAACCAUCACUGACCUUAACCUUACCUCAGGACAGAAAGUUAACUCUGCUGCACGCGCACAACCUGUGGGAAAGGUCAGGGGUGUGAGGAACAUGUCCGGGAGAGCUGGAGGGGUCAUCAGUGUGUUCGACAGAAAUAUGAAGAGAAAACAAAAGACAUGGGCAGCCACUUUACCGGACAGCGAUAAAUAUGACUACCUGCGAGACGAGGUUGGUAGCAGGGUAGCAGACAGAAUUUAUGACAUUGCCAGGACUUUCCCAUUGGCACUAGAUGUGGGAUGCGGAAAAAGCCACAUUGCCCAACAUCUCAGCAAGGAAGUCGUAGAGCGCCUUCUCCUUACAGACAUCUCAGACGCUCCGUUAAGGCAGAAGAAGCAGAGUGAGAUACCUACACAAUGUGUGAUGGUCGAUGAAGAGUUCCUGCCCUUUCAGGAGAACACUUUCGAUCUGGUGUUCAGCAGCUUGAGUUUGCACUGGAUCAAUGAUCUUCCAGGAGCUUUGAGUCAGAUCCAUCGUGUGCUGAAGCCAGACGGUGUGUUUGUAGGCGCCAUGGUCGGAGGUGAGACUCUGUACGAGUUGCGCUGUUCCCUACAGCUAGCUGAGCUGGAGAGGGAGGGAGGAUUUGCGCCCCACAUUUCACCCUACACAGCCGUCACCGACCUGGGCAACCUGCUGGGCCAAGCUGGCUUCAACAUGCUCACCGUGGAUGUGGAUGAGAUUCAGGUUCAUUACCCGGGCAUGUUUGAAGUCUUGUGCGAUUUACAAGGAAUGGGCGAGAGUAACUGUGCGUGGAACAGGAAGGCGUUGUUGCACAGAGACACCAUCCUGGCAGCGGCUGCCGUUUAUAAAGAGAUGUACGGUAACGAAGAUGGAUCUGUCCCAGCCACAUUUGACAUCCUGUUUAUGAUUGGCUGGAAGCCUCAUGAGUCACAGGCGAAACCAGCGAAAAGAGGUUCGGCAACCGUGUCCUUCGCAGAUCUGUCAAAAAUCAGCCGAACACAGACCGCAAACAAAUCCGGACAAAUCCAGCUCUAAAGCUAGCUGACUCGAACCAACUAAUCGACACCAAU